CGGGAUCGGUUUUUUUCCCUUUCCUCUACUCCCUCCCCCCUGCCCGCCCCUCCCUCCCUCAGUCCCUUCCCUCCCUCCCUCCCCUCUAGGCUGGGUCCCUGCGCCGGUGCGCCGGGUCCGCUCCGCAGCUGGGACGCGCGGAACUCGAGGCAGGAGUAGGCUCUUCGGAGCCGCGUCCCUCCCUUCCCCUUCCCUGCCCCCUUCCCCCACCCCGACGCAAGCUUGGAGCGACAGCCAGAGGAACCCCGAGCCCGCAUUUGCUGCAUCGAGCAGUUGGUCUGGUACCCGGCAAACUUGCAGCUGUUGUGAUCGCGCUCCGCCGAGCCUUCCCAGGCCCCCGAGGUGGAGGGAUGGAAAACUCCUCUGCAGCGUCGGCCUCCUCCGAGGCGGGGAGCAGCCGCUCCCAGGAAAUUGAGGAGCUGGAGCGCUUCAUCGACAGCUAUGUACUGGAGUACCAGGUGCAGGGGCUGCUGGCUGACAAGACGGAGGGCGACGACGGUGAGAGCCAGAGGACACAGUCCCACAUCUCCCAGUGGACAGCGGACUGCAGUGAGCAGCUGGACAGCAGCGGUUCCUUCUCGCGAGGGCGAGUCCCCCCACAGCAGAACGGCAGCAAAGACAACUCUCUGGACAUGCUGGGCACAGACAUCUGGGCUGCCAACACCUUCGAUUCCUUCAGCGGUGCCACCUGGGACCUGCAGCCUGAAAAGCUGGACUUCACGCAGUUCCACCGCAAGCUCCGACACGCGCCCAAGCAGCCCCUGCCACACAUCGACCGUGAAGGGUGUGGAAAAGGGAAGCUGGAAGAUGGAGAUGGCAUCAACCUGAAUGACAUUGAGAAGGUCCUUCCGGCCUGGCAGGGCUACCACCCGAUGCCCCAUGAAGUGGAGAUUGCACACACCAAGAAGCUGUUCCGGAGGAGGAGAAACGAUCGAAGACGGCAGCAGAGACCUCCGGGAGGGAACAAGCCCCAGCAGCACAGUGAUCACCAGCCAGGCAGUGCCAAACACAACAGGGACCAUCAGAAGUCCUACCAAGGGGGCCCAGUACCUCAUGCCUCAGGGAGGCCCACCCACCAUGGCUACAGCCAGAACCGGCGCUGGCACCACAGCAAUAUGAAGCACCCGCCAGGCGACAAGGGGGAGGCAGGUGCCCACCGCAAUGCCAAAGAGACCGUGACCAUCGAGAGUCCCAAACUGGAGGACACCCCACGGGACACCGGGCCCAGUGGCCUUGAGCCCCCUCGCAGCCCUGAUGCCCCAGCUCCGCCAGCGUCCGAGAGGCUACCCACACUGGUGCCAGGGGGGCCAGAGGCUGAGACAAAGCGUAAAGACAGUAUUAUUCCUGAACGCAUGGGGGAGCGGCCCAAAAUUACCUUGCUCCAGUCCUCCAAAGACAGGCUGCGGCGAAGGCUAAAAGAAAAGGUACCGGUAAUUGAAUUUUUGUUGUUCUCUUCCAACCGGGAGGACAGCCGAGAGGAAGAAGUGAUGGUGGAAACAACCAACCCUCAGCAAAACAAGAUGGACAAGCUGAUCGAGAUCCUGAACAGCAUGCGGAAUAACAGCAGCGACGUAGAUGCCAAGCUCACCACCUUCAUGGAGGAGGCCCAGAACUCUACCAACUCUGAGGAGAUGCUAGGUGAGAUCGUGCGGACCAUCUACCAGAAGGCUGUGUCAGACCGUAGCUUUGCCUUCACAGCUGCCAAGCUCUGUGACAAGAUGGCGCUCUUCAUGGUGGAGGGGACCAAGUUUCGGAGCCUGCUCCUCAACAUGCUCCAGAAAGACUUCACCGUGCGCGAGGAGCUGCAGCAGCAGGACGUGGAACGCUGGCUGGGCUUCAUCACCUUCCUGUGCGAGGUGUUUGGCACCAUGCGUAGCAGCACCGGAGAGCCCUUCCGCGUGCUGGUGUGCCCCAUCUACACUUGCCUCAGGGAGCUCUUGCAGUCUCAGGAUGUGAAGGAAGAUGCUGUCCUUUGCUGCUCUAUGGAGCUACAGAGCACAGGGCGACUUCUGGAAGAACAGCUGCCUGAGAUGAUGACGGAGCUGCUAGCCAGCGCUCGAGAUAAGAUGCUGUGCCCCUCGGAGUCCAUGCUGACCCGGUCACUGCUCCUAGAGGUCAUCGAGCUCCACGCCAACAGCUGGAACCCUCUGACGCCCCCUAUCACGCAGUACUACAACAGAACCAUCCAGAAACUGACAGCCUGACAGCCAGGGGGCCUGGCGGGCAGCCCGCGGGCAGCUGGGGCCCUGGUGCGCAGAGCCAGAUGGACAGGCGGGAGGACAGGGGUGGCCCUGGUGGGAGAAAGAAACGGGCAGGAAGGCAGGCAGAGUCAGUGGCCAAUCUGGAGCCAGCCAGGAAAGGGAUCAAAUCCCUGAGAAGAGUGCCCCGCCCUGCACAUAAACACCCCCACCUCAGCCUGAGCAUGUGGCGGCUCCCACCAGUAAGGGAAGCAUGUUUCUUUUCCAUGGUGGCCCCGGUCUGCAACCUCCCUCGUUCUCACCCCUCUCUGCCCCCUACCAUCCAACCCAUCCACCUCAAGCAGAGAUCUUGUCUCUGCAACUCCUCAGAGCCCCCCUCACCCCCGCACCCCCGCCCCGCCAGCCUCAACACCAGCCUCCCACACUGGGGCACUGCUUGGGUCAGAAAGGAUCUCAGAAGGCUGAAAAAGUGGGUCGAGACGGGCUUCCAUUGUUCCCUGCGUGCUGUCAGCCACAGUCGCCAACUGGCAGCAGGCAACAUGUAGCAGAUGUCCGGGAGGACAAAGGCAGGCACGGUCCCCACCAGCCGCCAGUAAUUGACGGCCUUUGUCAGCCACAGUGGAGCUAGGGAGAGGCGCUUUUCUCUAACCUUCACACCCAUCCCUCCCAACCUCAGUUCCUCCAGCCUUGGGCCCCCAGCCCAGGCCUAGGGGGCUGGCAGCGAGGAGGGGAACUGGAGCUUGCAACUCAGCUUGCACCCUUUUCUUUUAUUGUGUUUUAUUUUUCAAAAGUUGGUUGCUUUGAAGUCUCUUCUCUCAAUGAAAAUAUCCUCCAUGUGAUCACACAGUCAGCCCUGCAAGGACCCCCUGAUUAAUAGGAGAUCAAACCCGGCCCCCUCUGGAAGGAUUCUAGCCAUAGACAGCUUGCCAGUAGCCAAUUAGGGUAAUUGGAAACUUCUGCCCCGGCGGGGGUCCCCCGCUGGAAUUCUGUGUUCCUCCCCCGCUGGUCUGCAGCGACUCUGCUCUCCAGUUUCUGUCUCUCAAAGGACCUGGUACUGAGGUUGCUGGACUGCAUUAGACCUGGUCCUAGCCAUGGGGGUCUUGUGGCAAACAGGGCCCAGAACAAGGCUGGCAAACUAAAACCAAAAUGAAAGUCUUGUCCUAAGUGCCUAGUGAGGAGAAAGAUGGAGUGGGAGCUGCCUGGCUCCCUAGGAUUUGUCUAAGUCAUGGGCUAUGUCACUGCCCAAGCCUUAUCCUAGGCAGGAUCCAGAAGCCCUUCCAGCUGUUAGGAAAGGGAGAAAGCACUGAGUCGUAAGAAGGACAGUCAGGUAGGCUUUCCCAGCUGAAAAUAAGGCUGGGUUUUUUGGAAGGCCUUGGCCUGGGGAGCAGGCCCUUCUGUGAAAGGAAAGUGAGGUCAAGCUCUGGGAUGCUGGUAUCAGGAUCAUGACCAGUGUCCACACAGCCCACAUGGGGGGGUAGAGCCCAUGCUUUGAUGAGUCCCCAGAAAAUGCCAUGAGAACCCAGCAGCUUCCUGAUUUGGUCCUUUAUUGAGGUUGGUUAUACCCUAGGUCACACUGGAAACCUCUUAUGGCCUCCUGAUCCAAAUCAGACUAGCUGGGAGUUGAAGGGUGGGGAAAGUUUCUGCAGAUCGUUUCUGAGUCUAGAAAGAAGUUUCCCAUUCUGCCUGGCUUUCCCCCACUAAAACUGGCCUUCCAGCCCUAGGAUGGGAGCCUGUGCCAGUCCCCAUCCCCCCCCCCCGCCCCGCUAGAAAAAGCCUAGUUGGGACAAGGUGUGGGAGGGCACAGUUUCCCUUUAAAUAGGUCAAUGGCCUCUGCCAAGAGGCCCACACUGCCCCUGGCUGGCCCUGGCCCCUGCCUUCUUCCUCCCCGACUCUUUCUUCCCAAGCUUUCUCAAGCUGCUUCUUACUGCUUUCUCUCCUGCACCAGCCCUUAGGCCCAGCCUGGGGCCCGGGGACACCAGAAACCCCACAGGAGGCCUUGAAGGAAGAGUGGGGCUGAUGUUCGGAUGCUCAGAGAGGGCACUGGGGAAAUCAUGCUCUCAUGGAGUCAGGCAGCCCUGGCCAGGCAGCUGCUCUCUGCAGCUGCAGAGGGCCACACCUAUGCUUAAAAGGGCCCCUCUUCCCUUAGGUGGGGUGUGUGUGUGUGUGUGUGUGUGUGUGCGCGCGCGCGCGCGCGUGUGCACGCAUGCACACAUACACAAGCAUGUGUAUGCUUCAGCAGAGAAUAAAGCAGGGUGCCCAGAAGACAGAGGCCUGAGAGUUGGGUCUCCUAGCCCCCUCAUUGGGCUCACAGGCAGACUCUAAGAAGAGGGCUCCCAAAUUCUGUGUGGAGGGGCUGGUGUCCCCUGUGAAAGUAAGAAACAGAGAACAUUGUGGGCACCAAGGGUCAGAUGUGCCUCCCUCCCAAUGGCCUGUUUGUUGGGGGUCUUGCCUCAGGGCCAGCCUCUCUUUGGCCGUGAGGACUAGUGUGAAGAUGUGAGGUAUAAAUAUGUAUUAUAUAUAAAUAUAUUUUUAAUUACGUGUUGUGUCACAGUGGCUCCAGACGUACAGUUUGCCUAAUUUGUUCCACUGCUUGAAAGCACUUCCUGGCCCAUCUGAAUAACACUUUUGGCUGUUUUUCUAAAUGCAGGUUGCUGCUACUUUUUCAGACAUGGAAGGAAAACAUUUAAAAAAAAUUUUUUUUUAAAGAAACAGCAAAGCCUAAAAUUUAAGAGUCUGGGGCAACUUCCCAUGGCAGACUCUCAGACAGGAAGGAGGGGGGCAGAAGUGGGUGCCCCACAGAACCCUGCCUCUUCUCUGUACCAGAGCCCCCUCUGCUUUGAAAGAAAAGCCCGCUAAAUGUUGUAUCCCCACUCGGCAGCAGACCUUGGGGCAUGGAAGAGGCACACUGCAACCGUCUCAUGUUGAUCCUUCUUGUCCCCCUGCCUGUCAGGAUGAGUUAGUCUCUGUUUUCCUCUCAGGCAGCCCACCUGCCAUUGUCCUGCCCCCCAAGGCCUGGUGGCUGUGCCUGAGCUCUGGUGCACAGUCCCAGAAGGGCUCCCAGGCUCCCUUGGAUGAAGCUGGGAGCUCCAUCAUCCUCCAUGGGAUGAUGGUGCACCCCCAAACCCAGCUUUGUCUGUUUGUCUUUCCUUAACCAGUCUGUAAACCUUUAUAGUUUGGGGAUUGUCCUGUCCCUCUGUGUAAAUGUAAAUGUUGACCCAGUCGGUAUUUAUUCUAAUUUUUAUUUUAUUUUAUUUUCUCGGAGGGGUGGGAUUGUGGGAACUGUACCACUGGUCACGCCCUGGGCAGCUGCAGAGGCUGAGGCCCAGAUGGCUUGGCUGCCAAGAGGAGCAGCCCCCUGGGGCCACCCCAGACAGCCGCCUCCAGGAAGCCCGGUCCCAGGCCGCUAUCUGGCAUCAGAAGCCGCCAGUGUUCCUUGUCGCACAGACGCUCGGGCCUGCUGUGGCAUGGUGUCCCUCAGCUGCCAGACACUCUGUUGGGAAACCUCUGGCUGGGCCUCAAGGAUGCGGGUCAGAGAAAACGACUCUCCUCCGCUCAGGACGCUUGCAUGGAAGGUCCAGCGGCCUCACCCGAGCCAGCUGGUAGCCGGACAGCAGGACUACCUCCCACCGAAGCUGCAGCGGAACCCUGCUCACGCCGAUACCUUCCCCCCGUUGGUAUGUCCUGCUUUCCAGCUGAACCCAAACUACAAGUGGGUUUAAAAAAAUAAACAAUACCAAAAACCAAAAA